GCAUUUUUUAAGAAACAAAUGUUUACUAAUCUUUCUAAGCUUGGAAUAAUAAAUAUCUUUGAUUUUUUUGGGUCUCAAUCAAUGCUUUUCAGGUUUUCAUGGAAAGCAACAAGAGAACGCUAUAAAAGUCUCAAGCUUUCAAAAUGUUUGAAUACUACGAAAGCAGGUUCCUUAAAGUUUGGUGUGUUAGUUCAUCUUCUCUACCAUUUAUUCUUCACUUAAUCUUCCACACUUUGAUCAUUUUAUUUGAUUUCUCUUAUCUCUCAAAGCUUGAUGCCUUCUUUCUCCCUCUUUCUUUCUUAGAUGGAGUUACCGGUGAAAGCUCCCGUUUCCGGUGGCCGGAAAAUCUCUUACAAACUAGAAACCAAGAAUCUAUCGUAUAGAUUAUAUGGAAAGACUUCAAAAUUUUCAAAUUUAUGUGGCUUGUUGAAUGAAAAGGAAGAAAAGGUUAUCUUGAAGGAUGUUUCUUGUGAUGCAAGGUCCGGGGAGAUCACUGCCAUCGCAGGUCCUAGUGGAGCAGGGAAGACAACUUUACUAGAGAUACUAGCUGGAAAGGUAUCUCAGGGGGAAGAUUCAGGGCAAGUGCUUGUCAAUGGGAGGCCUAUGGAUGGUCCUGAGUACAGGAGGGUUUCAGGGUUUGUACCACAAGAAGAUGCUCUGUUUCCGUUUCUUACGGUGCAAGAAACACUGACGUACAGCGCACUCCUGAGGCUGAAGACGAACAGGAAAGAGGCGGAGGCCAAGGUGAAGAAGCUGAUGGAAGAGCUCGGUCUUGAACAUGUAGCGGAUUCGAGGAUCGGGGAAGGAUCAAGAUCUGGGAUCUCUGGAGGUGAGAGAAGAAGGGUUUCUAUUGGAGUUGAGCUUGUUCAUGACCCUAAUGUUAUACUGAUUGAUGAGCCAACCUCUGGUUUGGACUCAGCUUCGGCUCUUCAAGUUGUGAUGCUUCUCAAAGACAUGACAAUCAAACAAGGUAAAACCAUUGUCCUGACGAUUCACCAGCCCGGUUUUCGCAUUCUAGAGCAGAUAAACCGGAUCGUGUUGCUCUCUAGUGGACUGGUUGUUCAGAACGGAUCGGUUAAUAGCCUUUAUCAGAAGAUCAAGUUCUCUGGUCACCAGAUUCCUCGUCGUGUGAAUGUCUUGGAGUACGCUAUUGAUAUUGCAGGGAGUCUUGAACCGGUCAUGACACAGAGCUGCAGAGACAUCUCGUGUUACGGUCAUGGCAAAACAUGGAAGAGUAAUAACGCAGGAAGAGAGUUUCAUCAGUCUGACUCUCACAGCAACUCGGUGUUAGAGGAGGUGCAGAUACUUGGGCAAAGAUCUUGCAAGAACAUCUUCAGAACCAAGCAACUGUUCACAACCAGAGCUUUACAAGCCUCCAUAGCCGGUCUAAUACUCGGUUCCAUUUACCUGAACGUUGGAAACCAAAAGCAAGAAGGGAGAGUCUUGCGAACCGGGUUUUUCGCCUUUACCCUCACUUUCCUACUCUCUUCCACAACAGAGGGACUUCCAAUAUUCUUGCAAGACCGGAGGAUCCUUAUGAGAGAGACAUCAAGAAGGGCUUACAGAGUUCUGUCUUAUGUUUUAGCAGAUACCCUCAUCUUCAUCCCCUUCCUGUUGAUCAUAAGCAUGCUCUUUGCUACACCGGUUUACUGGCUGGUCGGUCUCAGAAGAGAGCUAGAUGGGUUCCUCUACUUCUCGUUGGUGAUCUGGAUCGUUCUGCUAAUGUCAAACUCUUUUGUUGCAUGUUUCAGUGCUCUUGUCCCAAACUUCAUCAUGGGGACAUCAGUGAUCUCAGGUCUCAUGGGAUCUUUUUUCCUCUUCUCUGGCUAUUUCAUCGCAAAGGACAGGAUCCCGGUUUACUGGGAGUUCAUGCAUUAUCUCAGCCUCUUCAAGUAUCCAUUCGAAUGCCUGAUGAUCAACGAGUAUAGAGGAGACGUGUUCUUAAAGGAACAAGACCUGGAGGAGUCUCAGAAAUGGAGCAACCUUGGAAUCAUGGCAAGUUUCAUCGUUGGGUACAGAGUCCUUGGGUUCUUCAUCUUGUGGUAUAGAUGUUGCAGAACAAAAAGCUAG